CAAGCUCAGCCUCUCUCCUCCUUCUCCUCCUCCUCCUCUUCCUCCUCCACCUCCACCUGCCACAGCAGAGACGCAGCGAUGGAGAGACGCUUCUAUUCUUUAUAAGCCCACGAAAAAGAGGAAGAAGAAGGAGAAGAGAGCGAGAGAGAGAGAGAGAGAAAGAAAGAAAGAAGACCGAACAACAGCUAGGAGACAGCGCGCGAGAGAGGCGGAAACAUAUGGUUUGUCAGAGAAGCAGCUGUUGGUGUAAACUGCUCAAACUUAUUCCACUGCCGUUGUAAACUGCCUUUAAAGGCACAUUUUCCCAUUCGUUUUUCUUCAAUUUGGACAUUUCGUUGUCUGAUUUUCGUGCGAUCUCACCUGUGCGAGUCUGCGCUCGCUCACACCUAGGGGUUCGCGUGUUUAAAUUGUGCGGAGCUUGGUUGCGGUGGGAGGAGGAGGAGGAGGCGCGCGCGCACGCUCGCACCUACUCACGCGCACACAGACCAUCACAAGACGCGGUGCGGCUUCUUCCAAGGAGGAAAUUGAAUUAGACGCGUUCAUCCCACAGAAGAAGAAGAGAAGGUGGAGCACGGCUCUCUCAGGCUGCACUCUGCUUCCACGGAUCACCGUACGUUUCCUCGGGGCCCAGCAGGAGUCUCUUCACACCCCUCCACUCCCGGCUCCCCUCUGUCCACCCACUUUAACUCCCCGGUAACAGUAAGCCAUGUCUGGACACACGGUGACCAUCCCGGACGACCGGGCGUUCGCCAGCUUCAAGGCCGAGUGUCUCUACGAGGAAGGCUGGAGCAUGAGCUGCAACAAGGGGGGCAUCACGGUGUGGACCCAGGGUCUGGAAGAAGGGAAGUCCGUCCACAAAAUCAAGUGUCGGAUGGUGAGCAAGGACGUGUCAGCCGAGACCAUGUAUGAUGUUCUCCAUGACAUCGAAUACAGAAGGAAGUGGGACAAAAAUGUUAUCGAGACCUUCGAUAUAGGGAAACUCACAGUCAACGCGGAUGUUGGUUAUUACUCAUGGAAGUGUCCACAGCCUCUUCGGGACCGUGAUGUCAUCACACUUCGCUCCUGGCUGCCAAUAGGGAAAGAUUAUAUUAUCAUGAACUACUCUGUUAAACAUGCAAAAUACCCGCCGAAAAAGGGGAUUGUGCGAGCUGUGUCCAUUCAGACCGGCUACAUGAUACAGACCCAAGGACCCAACCAUUGUACCCUCACCUACAUGGCCCACAUAGAUCCACGAGGUUCAUUACCUAAGUGGGUUGUCAACAAAUCUUCUCACUUAUUUGCUCCCAGUGCAAUGAAGAGGAUCAACAAAGCCUGUUUGAAGUAUUCUGAGUGGAAGCAGAGACACAACCCCAACUUCAAACCCUGGCUCUACCCAGAGCAGACUACACUUCCCAGCAUCCCACUCUCUGAGCUCAGCAUCCAGCGUGCGGAGAGCCUGGAGAAUAUCGAUGAGAGCUCUCUGGCUGAGGCCCAGGAGAGAGAAGACAGCGACUAAUGCACACACACGCACAAACACACACACACGCACACACACACACACACACACACACACACUGGCAGGAAUAC